AUGUAUGGCCAGACGGGAGCCCUCCCCAUUCUCGACCACAUUGUCAUUCUCGUGGCCCAUUCGACCCUCGAAAGCCUCCCGUCAAAGCUCUCGGGUUUUUUUGUCGUGGCUCGCGGCGGGUUUCAUGCCGAUGGGCUUACAGCCAACAAGCUCAUCCUCUUCGAGGACGGUGCAUACAUUGAGCUCAUUGCCUUUGUCGACGGCCUGGAUCCAGACCAACGACGGCAGCACCGCUGGGGCCAGCUGCCGGAAGCCGCCAUCAUCGAUUGGGCUUACACCUUGACGCACGAGGCCGAGUUUGCAGCGGUCCAGCAGAGAGUCGCCCAGUCGCGAUCGGGCCUCGUCUACAGCGACCCAGUACCCGGCGGCAGGACAAAGCCUGACGGAACCACCAUCAAGUGGGCGGUAGCUGCCGCGCGAGGCUCCGACGGGAAUCCAGCUCCGCCUGGCAGCAUGCCCUUCUGGUGUCUUGACCGCACACCUCGGAGUCUGCGUGUGCCAUACGACCAAGAGCACCGGCUGACGCAGCAUCCCUGCGGUGCCCAGGGCGUGUCGUCGCUCGCUGUGUCUGUGCCUGUACACGAGGUCGCGGCUCUGGGCGAGGCUUACGAUGCGAUUCACGGUUCUUCAUCUGACGACGGCGGCGCGUGGAAAUUCAAGGUCUUCUCAGGCUCGGCGAUUGGCAAACACACGGUAUCUGUAUCUGUGAGCGAGAGAGCGCAGAGUAUCGAGCUGGUGCUGCACGGGGACUCUGCGACUUGUGUCGAGGUGGUUGCAGGCGUGAUAUUGCGCGUCGAGACGUGA